AUGGCCUUCAAUAAGAAAUAUGCCGGUCUUCCAGAUUUGCCUAACGGAUCCUUUCUCCAUCAGACAGCCACCAUCCGUACCGCUUCCAAUGCCGACGAUGACGCUGGCUCCAACUCCGACAUUGACCGACAAGGCGUGAACGCAGACGAGGCUCGCGCUCAUUUCCUCGGCGCCACCGUUGACGCACGCGACGUGAAUUUCUCAGAUAGUAUCGCGACGAAACGGAAAGCAUACCGCAGCAAGAGUCGCCGACGGCGCCGCGAUAAUGGCUCGGACGAGGCGGGCGACUUCAGCGACAGUGAAGAUGAAAGCCUGGAGCGGAAACUGGCCCGUCUCAGGAGAGAGGUCGCAGAGUUGAAAGAUGAAAUGGCCUCCCGACAGCCGGAGAAUGAAACUGCCGAGGCCCGUGUCGAUGGAAAGGAGAAUGUGGAUGAUGGCGUUCUAGAGUUGAGUCGCGCGUUGGACAACCUGUACGCCUCUUCCCGAAGUGUGUCAGGACCACACUCCGCCGCGGCGGUGCUCUCCCAGAAGAUUGGCUCCGAGGCACCUACAGCAGUCCAAAAGCCCGACGGACCAGUGAAGGAACCGGAGGCGGAGGCGGCUGCUUCUGCGUCAUCCACUGGCGUGUUAACUCAUGCAGCAGCGUUUGACAGCCGGCUGGCUCUGGUUGAAGCUGCUAUGGGAAUAUCCAGCUCCUCAAACCCCUUCAUCACGGACGGUGUCUCCGAUCCAGCGCUGCAGCCCGUGCUCCCAGCUCUCGACCAUCUCACAUCCCGUCUUUCGACCCUCAUGAACAUCCUCGUGGGCCCGUCCCCUGUAUCGGCUGUGCCAACGAUGGGAUCCGCCCCGCCUUCCACAACGGUGUCGACUCCCCACCUUGAGACCUUAUCUGCCCGCGUCCGGAAGCUCACCGCAGACACGGAGGCUCUCGCAUCUGCGCGCAAGCGUGCCGUCGACGCGGCUAAAGCUGCUCAGAACGCCCGGAUUGCGUCAGCAGCCCUUGAAUCCACGUCCGACAUGUCCGUUUCAUCUGCUGCCACAGAGGUUGAUCCUGCGGCGACGCAGCGCGACGAACAAGCUACGAAGAUCCAGGCGCUGUACGCCACUUUACCCACCAUCCAAUCUCUCCACCCGAUCCUUCCCAGUGUGCUGGAAAGACUACGCUCCCUGCGGGCUAUCCAUGCGGGGGCUGCGCAGGCAUCCGAAUCGCUCGAUGAGCUUGAAAAACGGCACGCGGAUAUGGCGCGCGAGAUUGAGCAAUGGCGAGAGGGUCUGACCGUGGUGGAAGAGAAGAUGAAGCAAGGCGAGACCGCGCUAAAGAACAACAUCGAGCUCGUCGAACCGUGGGUUCGGGACUUGGAAAAGCGCCUCGACCGUCUGGGAAGCAGUGCGUAA